CAAAAGCACAGGAGGCAAGCAGUCCCACACACGCACACAGCCCGCCUGCAAGGAAGCCUAGGCGCGUGCCUGCCGGCUGGAUGGGGGAGGAGGCCCCACCCCUUGCGGUGCAACCCGUGCAACCGCAAGGCGCGUCGCUGGAUGAGAAGAAGCAGGAGGUCAUAGAGCGCUCGUUCUUUGGGCCCAAUAAACAGUAUGUGCGCUGGGACUGUGGGCUCCAUGAGCUCUUUGAGGAGGCUGUGGACGAGCUGGGAGGCGCGCACGCUGCCAAGCCCGCCAACAUUCGAGACAGGAUGGGCAUCGCGUUGCUGACCACCGCGCAAGUGAAGAGCCACUUGCAGAAGCACCGCAUCCGCGUGGUGGCGGAGAACGGCAGCAAGGAUGCCACCGAGGCGCAGGCCCGCGCCGCCGCCAAGCUGCUUGAGCGGCAGAAGCGGCAGGCUGACAGCGGCAUGGUGCCCCCCCGGCCGCGCGGGCUGGUGCCCAUCCGCGGCAGCCGGCAGAUGAGCGGCGGGCUGGGGCUGGGCGGCGCAGCCGCCGCAGCCGCAGCAGCAGCAGCGGCAGGUGGUGGCGAUGCCAGCAAGCGGCCCAAGCGGCGCGCUCGCAAGCGGCGCGCCUAUGACGACAGCUUCUCCAGCAGCGGCGAUGAUGAGGAGUAUGGGGGCUACGGGCUGGCGCAGUGGGAGGAGGAGGAGCUGGCGGCGGAGGCUGAGGGCGAGGAAGAGCUGCGCCUGGCCAGGCGGCCCCGCCGCGCCCGCCGCAGCGGCUUUGACAGCGACCGAGGCGAGACCGACGGCGAGGGCCUGUCGGCGGGCACCACCACGGCCAGCCCCGGCGGCGGGCCGGGGGGCGGGCUGGAGGUUGAGGCGCUGCCGUUUGCGGAGCUGUCGCGCAUGCUGACCGCGGAGGGCGUCAACGUCGACCCCGCCACCCUGGCAGGGCUGACGCAGCGCCGCGCGACGUUUGUGGCGGCGGCCGCCGCCGCCGCAGGGCUGCCGCCGCCUACCUCCGUGCCGCCCCCGCUGCUGCCCAUGCCGGCGGGCCCCGGCAUGCCCCUGUACCAGAGCAGCGCCGAGCCGGCCUCCACACACCUGCCGCCCUUCUUCCCGCCCAACGGCGGCGCCGGCGCCGGCGGCAGCAUUUCGGUGGAUGGCGCUGUGGCCACGCUCAACCGGCAGGUGCAGCUGGAGCAUGCGCUGCUGGAGCAGUCGAUGUGGGUGCAGAAGCUGGCGGCGGAGGUGCAGGAGCUGCGCAACCGGCAGCGCCUGGGCCUGCCGCCGCCGCCGCCCGACGCCGCGGCGCUGUCCUCGCCGUUUGCGGUGAUGUCGCAGGCUGCCUUCCCGGGCGCGGCAGAGCCGUCGCCGCCGGGGCCCGCAGGCCUCACGCUGCCGCCGCCGCCGCCGCCGCCGCAGCAGCAGCAGCAGGCGUUCCAUGCGCAGCUGCAUCCGCAGCAGCAGCAGCAGCAGCAGCAGCAGCAGCAGCAGCAAUCUUCAGGCAACCUGGCCACGUGCGACAGCACCCUGCUGCGCCUGCUGAGCAGCACACUGGGCGGCCAGGUGCCGGGGCUGUCCAAGCAGGAGGCCUCGGAUGCGGCGGUCGCGCUGCUGCAGGGCAUUGAGGCGGCGGGGGCGGAGCGUGCGGCGGCCGACCACGCCGCCAGCCAGCAGGCGGCCAGGCAGGCAGAGGCGGCGUCUGCGGCCAACGCCGCCGCCAGCCUGAUGACGUGCGACAGCGGCCUGCUGCGCAUGCUGAGCCAGUCGUUGCACGAGGCGGCCUGGCAGCAGCAGCCCGCAGACGGCGCGGCGGCGUCAAGCAACGAUGCAGCCGUGCAGGCGGUGGCCGCGGCGGCAGCCCGCCUGGCCGCCGAGGCUGGCGAGGGGUCGCUGGGCUCAACACUGGCGGCAGCAGCUGCGGCAGCGGCCGCGGCGGCCUCGCCCUUUGGCGCUGCCGCGGGGCAGGCGCUGCCACCGCCGCCCUCGCUGCCGCCGACGCUGCCGCCGCCAAACCUGGCGCUGGGCGGCGGCCGGCCGCCGCCGCCGCUGCCGCAGGGGCUGGGGCUGGGGCUGCCGCCGCCGCUGCCGGGGGCCUCUGGCAACCGGCAGGCCUCGCUGGAUGUGUUCAACAAUGGGCUGCUGGCGCUGGGGCUGGCGGGUGCCUCCUCAGCCUCCCAGCCCAGGGCCCUCUCCACCGCCGAGUUCCUGCGCCUCUGCUCCCUGCCCGGCGCCGCCGACCUGCUGCCGCCCGCCGACCCCUGA